UCUAUCAACUGAUGUUGCCCACAAAACCCAACAAGUUUCCCAUUUUACCCAUCAAAUUUCUCCCAGAUUUUCCUCACUUUCUCUCUCUUCCGGGCUGAUUUGAUGAUACAUCCUCACUCUUCAAUCCUGAAGAGACGCCGUAAAAUUUAAAACAAAAAAAAAUCCUGCAACAAAAAUUCAAUUCUAGGGUUUUUGGUUCUUCAAAUAGAUUAAAGUUGAAGCUUUCUUGGUAAAUUAAGCUUAUUUUAUUAUUUGGCGACUAGGGUUCGUUUCGCUUUCGAAUUUAAAGGUCUGGGUUCGAUCGAAUUUUGGCGAAAACGAAUUAUUUCAGAUAAAGUUGAAACUUUUAGGGUUUUGGGUUUGUGUUCACCCAGAGCGCGUUUUAGCAGCCAAUGCGAUUUUUGGAUUGUCCUUUCGGCAAAAUUUCGGUUUUUUUUUGAGAUACCGGGAAUAAAAUUAAAGCUCCCUAAAGAAAUCAAUGUCUUGGGCAGGCCCAGAUGACGUUUAUCUCUCUACUUCUCUUGCUAGUUACUUAGACAAGAAACUUCUUGUAUUGCUUCGUGAUGGUCGAAAACUUAUGGGUACACUUUGUUCAUUUGAUCAAUUUGCCAAUGCUGUUCUUGAGAGUGCAUGUGAGAGAGUUAUUGUUGGUGACCUUUACUGCGAUAUCCCAUUAGGUCUAUAUGUAAUCCGUGGGGAGAAUGUUGUUUUAAUUGGUGAGCUGGACCUGGAGAGGGAGGAGCUUCCUCCACAUAUGACUCAUGUUUCAGUUGCAGAAAUUCGAAAUCCUUGUAGAUUCUCUGACCGUACGGACUUAACAUUUUUCAGGCACAGAAAGCAGAGAGGGAGGCAACAGAUCUCAAAGGUACAAUAAGGAAAAGAAUGGAGUUCCUGGAUUUGGACUAGCUUCCUGCACCCAGAGUUCCGCGAAUAUUAGGCGGUCGGGGGUGCAGGAGAAUCCAUUCAUAGUGGGUGUUAACUCUCUGAAAUCAUUGAACAAUUUUCUAGAAGAAUGCUUUAUGAUUUGUCAUUUAGUCUGUAGUACUGAUUUUGUUGGUUGAUGUAUCAAAUUAGUCCCAUUUUCUGUUAUAAUGUCCUCCUUUCCUGCCAGAAGAAAGGUUAAGGAAAAGCUUUCACUUUACACUUCUUUGUGAAGUUUAAUCUCCCUUUUCCUUGUAAGAACUAUGAAGGUGUAUUUAGAUCAUGAAUAAAUAUUUUCAUGAUUGAAGGUAA